AUGGGACAUUGUACAAGCAAGGAUCAGAAGGAGGGGAAACGCCUCAAUCGGCGCAUCGACGAGCAGAUCAAGAAGGAUCAGUCGAUGUCGCUGAGGAUUAUUAAACUGCUGUUGUUAGAGCGAGACAGAUUCGGCAUCCGUCAAAAAAGCGGCAUCGAGGACUGGGUAUUUAUGCAAGGACAAUCAGGCAAGGCUCUCACUAUGAAGAUGGCCAGUCACGAACAAAAGGAUCGCGCCGGUGAAAGUGGAAAAAGCACAAUUCUGAAGCAGAUGCGGAUAUUGCACAAGGAUGGAUUCUCACAGCAGGACCUGGAGAUGAUUCGUCCAGUUGUUUAUUCGAAUUGUAUUCACUCCAUGUUAUCAAUACUUCGUGCCAUGUUUCAUCUUCAAAUCGAAUAUGCCGACAACGAACGAGUGCGAGACAGUCAACUGGUUUUCGCAACGGUUCAUGCGAACAAGGAGGAGUUGACCGAAGAACUGGCUGCGGCGAUGCAACGACUUUGGGCCGACGAAGGAGUACGGGAGUGCUACCGGCGUAGUAAUGAGUAUCAAAUAGAUGACAGCGCUAAAUAUUUUUUGGACAACUUACCUCGCCUUUCGUCAUUAAACUAUAUACCGAGCGAGCAAGAUCUGUUACGAACACGAAUUAAAACCACUGGCAUCACGGAAGUGCUUUUCGAAUUGAAAGGGUUAACAUUUAGAGUAAUUGACGUUGGCGGCCAGCGAUCGGAACGAAAAAAAUGGAUCCAUUGUUUUGACAACGUGAAUGCGAUAAUUUUCAUCAGUUCGCUGUCGGAAUACGAUCAAACGCUGCGAGAAGACAACUGUACUAAUCGAAUGCAAGAGUCGUUGAAACUGUUUGAUUCCAUCUGCAACAGUCCAUGGUUCGCCGACAUUCAUUUCAUUUUGUUUCUGAACAAGAAGGAUCUAUUUGCGGAAAAGAUUCAACGUAGCCCGUUGACAAUUUGCUUCCCAGAAUACAAGGGGCAGCAGAAUCAAACCGAAUGCAUUAACUACAUCCAGUGGAAAUUCGAGCAACUUAACAGGUCAUCACAACGAGAGAUCUACUGCCAUCACACGUGCGCUACGGACACGAAUAACGUGCAAUUUGUACUAGACGCAUGUCUAGAUAUGAUAAUUGCUAAGAAUUUGAAAAGUAUGGGUCUGUGUUAA